AUGCGUCUUCUUGACACGGUAGCCGUAGCAUUUGGCUUACUCUGUGCUACCACUGCCUCUCUUCAUCCUCAUCGCUCCUACGAGACUCACGAUUUCUUUGCGCUCCACCUCGAUGACUCCGUCUCUCUACCGGAUAUUGCCCAGCGAUUGGGCGCUCGCUACGAAGGUCAAAUAGGCGAACUGACCGGUCACCACACAUUUUCCGUGCCUCGCGAAGGGAAUGAGAACGUUGAGAUCUUACUAGAACGUGCGCGUGUCCGAAGGAAACUAAGGCGGCGCUCCGACGGUGGCGAUCUCUCGUUGGAUAGAGAUGGGGAACUGGACGGCAUACUAUGGUCCCAGAAACUGGUUCCAAAGAAACGGUUGCACAAGAGGUUACCCCCGCCGGAGAACCUUCCACGGGUUUCUGCUAGAGCUAAGGAGAAUGCAUUGGCUGUUGAAAUUCAGAGGGAUAUCGCCUCGGUACUCAAGAUCACCGAUCCGAUUUUCAAUGGACAAUGGCAUCUUUUCAAUACUGUGCAAGUGGGACAUGACAUGAAUGUGACGGGUGUCUGGCUGGAGGGUAUCACGGGGCGUAACGUCACCACGGCGGUGGUUGACGAUGGGCUAGAUAUGGAUAGCGGUGACCUUGAGCCGAAUUACUUUGCUAAGGGCUCUUACGAUUUCAACGAGAUGCGACCGGAACCGAAGCCCCUUCUAGAUGACGACAAUCAUGGCACCCGGUGCGCCGGCGAGAUUGCGGCCGCUAGGAAUGACGUUUGCGGUGUGGGUAUGGCAUAUGACAGUAAAGUUGCGGGCAUCCGGAUCCUGUCCAAAAUCAUUGAUGAUAAAGACGAGGCAGAAGCGAUUAACUUUGGUUAUCAAGACAACGAUAUCUACUCGUGCUCCUGGGGCCCUCCUGAUGAUGGUGCUACAAUGGAAGCGCCUGGGAUACUAAUUAGAAAGGCCAUGGUUAAUGGCGUUCAACGGGGCCGAGGCGGGAAAGGCUCUAUAUUCGUCUUCGCCGCGGGUAAUGGUGCCGUCUACGGCGACAAUUGCAACUUCGACGGCUAUACCAAUAGUAUAUAUAGUAUUACUGUCGGUGCAAUUGAUCGGGAGGGGAACCACCCGAGUUACUCGGAGUCCUGCUCCGCCCAGUUGGUGGUGGCUUACAGCAGUGGACUUACCGAUGCAAUUCAUACUACCGACGUUGGUGCCAACAAAUGCUAUUCAUCUCACGGCGGAACCUCAGCCGCGGGCCCGUUGGCUGCGGGCGCUAUUGCCCUUGCUCUUAGUGUGCGGCCAGAUCUGACGUGGCGCGAUGCACAGUACCUGAUGGUAGAAACAGCGGUCCCUGUUAACGAGAACGAUGGGAGCUGGCAGGUCACCAAGAGCGGGAAAAAGUUCAGCCACGAUUGGGGGUUUGGGAAAGUAGAUACCUAUUCGCUGGUCCAGAAAUCGAAGACUUGGGAACUCGUGAAGCCUCAGGCGUGGUUUCAUUCGCCAUGGCUCCGGGUGGAGCAUGAAAUCCCACAGGGCAACAAGGGUCUCGUCAGUUCGUACGAAGUGACCAAGGAUACUAUGAAGAAGGCGAACAUGCAAAGGCUUGAACAUGUAACUGUGACCAUGAAUGUCAACCACACACGCCGUGGAGAUCUUAGUGUGGAACUGCGCAGCCCGGAUGGCAUCGUCAGUCAUUUAAGUACCACGAGAAGGUCGGAUAAUGCAAACGUGGGCUACGUCGAUUGGACAUUUAUGACCGUGGCGCACUGGGGAGAAUCUGGAAUCGGGAAGUGGACUGUCAUAGUUAAGGACACGGUUGUCAAUGGGGAGGUCGGCAAAUUCGUUGACUGGCGACUUAAUCUAUGGGGGGAGGCCAUCAACGGCGCUAAGCAGCCACUCCAUCCUCUCCCUAGCGAACACGACGACGAUCACAGCAUCGAAGAUGCGACCGUGGCAACUACCAGCGUUGACCUGGGCCCAACCAAGACAGAUGCACCGAAUACAGUCACCGAUGGCGUGGAUCGCCCUGUGAACGCAAAACCCAGCGCAACUCCUACAGAAGAAGCUCCCACUCCGGUAGCGACUCCUACUACAACAAGCGCCACUGAGGCACCAUCUCCGACAACUACUUCGGACAGCUUCCUCCCCUCCUUUUUCCCCACAUUCGGUGCGUCGAAACUGACUCAGGUAUGGAUCUACGCAGCGAUAGGGUCGAUUAUCGUCUUCUGCAUAGCACUGGGUGUCUACUUCCAUGUUCAACGGCAAAAACGCUUGCGGAACGACCCGAUGGAUGACUACGACUUUGAGAUGAUCGAGGGUGAUGACGAACUACAUGCAGCGACUGGACAGACCUCUCGCACCCAACGUCGGGGCGGAGAACUCUAUAACGCCUUCGCAGGGGAAAGCGACGAGGAGUCUCUAUUUAGUGAUGAAGAGGACGGACCUUAUAGAGAUCAGUCUGGCAGUGAGGAUCAGACUGGACAGAGCAGUUCCCACUGA